AUGAGCCAAAGGCAGCCGCCAAAAAAGUCCAUAGCUCAGGAAGUCUCGACGCUAGGAGGCUUCAUCGCCGGCGGCAUCGCUGCUUGCGGUGCCGUUACGUUCACUAAUCCUAUCGAGUUGAUCAAAACAAGAAUGCAGCUCCAAGGUGAGCUUACCAGCAAGCUGAACGCUCCAAAAGUAUACAAGAACCCUUUACAGGCACUGGUUGUUAUUUACAAGAAUGAGGGGUUGCGUGGCUUGCAGCAGGGACUCUUGUGUGGUUACGUCUACCAACUUGGGCUUAAUGGAUGUCGUAUUGGACUCUAUGAACCAAGUAGGUUUUACUUGACCAAGUUCUUCAACCCUAGCGCAUUGAAGGGGGACCAGUAUAGUGAUGUUCCACAGAACCUUUUGGUGAACGUUUUCGCUGGUUUCAUUUCUGGUUCCGCUGGUGCUGUGCUUGCCAACCCGUUCUUCCUUAUCAAGACAAGAAUGCAGUCUUUCAAUAAAGCCAGCGCUUCUCUUAAGGUCAGUGUUGGCGAACAGACUCACUAUAAAGGCCUUGCUGACGGUCUCAAGCAGAUUUUCAGUAACGAAGGUGUUAAAGGUCUUUUCAGAGGAACUGACGCUGCAGUUUUGCGUACUGGUGCUGGCUCGGCUGCCCAGUUGCCAGUAUACAACUUGACAAAGAAUUACCUUUUGAGUCAUAACAUUUUGGCGGACGGUACGAUUGGUUUGCACUUUGUUGCAUCCUCUAUGGCCGGUUUGGGUGUAGCUAUAGUGAUGAACCCAUGGGAUGUGGUGUUGACUAGACUAUAUAACCAGAAGGGUGAUCUUUAUAAGGGCCCUAUUGACUGUUUUGCAAAGACUAUCAAGAUAGAAGGCAUCACAGCGUUAUACAAAGGGUUCUGGGCUCAGCUUUUCAGAGUGGGUCCUCACUCUAUCUUGACAUUGAUGUUCAUGGAACAGUCCAUGAAGCUCGUGUACGCUGUCGAGAGAAACAAGUGGAUCUAUUCCAUCUUCAACUACUUUCUUUUCCACACCAUGACCAAAACUCGUCCAGCUGCCAGACUUAUGAAAGCAAGCGCUCAAUGUGCUGAGCUUGGAACAGCUUAUGGAAACUGCGUUCUCGCAACGUACAACAAUAUGAACAAGGAUACUUGCAAGAAGGAAUUUGAAGCCUUCAGAAGCUGUGUUACAGCCAACAUGAAGCGCAAGUAA